CGGUAGCUGGUCAGGGCCAACCCAAUGACAUGCAACAGCACUCCUCAGGCAACGCAGCCUAUUGCUUGGGAGCAAAAAGCAUGAAAGUCUGCAAGCAUGAUGUUCGCUUUCGUUUGCCAAUAUCAUUCGUGCCAGAGUUAUCGGUACCGCCUCCCCCAACCCACAAGCACAAUGAGCUAGCUAGCUGCUGGCUGGCACUAUGAGCUAGCAAGACAGUACCCACACUCACACCCAACUGCUGUUGAACACGGAGGAGCUUGCCUAUCCAUGCAGCUGACAGUUAGCACACCACUGUCUGGCACCGGUACCUACAGUAUCAUUCUGCUGCAUUCCUGAUGGGCAUGUCCUUCUGGUCCUGCUCUUCAGCCUGCCCGAAUGUAUGUCCUUCUGGUUUGUACAAUCUCACGGCAGCCAGCUUCGCUUCCGGUUGUCUUGGGCCGCUCUGUCUUAGAAUCUACCCUUCGGCUUGCUGCCUCCAGUUGAAGAAGUCCACCUCCUCAAGAAACCAACUUCAAAAGGCGCAACCACCACCAUUGCCACCAGACAUCUAUAGCAGCUUUUGUUUGGAGACAAGAAGUUCGUCUAGCUGGUUAGUUUCUGGUCUCAGGCUGGUCGGAAUUCUCGGCGGUGGUGAUGGCCACCGAAGAUUGGUCGAGCUGUAAAGCAGGAACUUUCCGCCUUGUAUCAACUUUAUCCAAAAGGCGAAUUCUGAAGCAGCCCCAUACCAGCUUCGCUCCUUAUCGAAAAUUCCCCAGCACGAUCUUACCAGAACCGCUGGGUACCGGUACCAGCCCAGCCAUCUCGGGUCUGGCCAGCUAGCUACAACACAUGCUGGUCGUAAGGUGGCGAAUUUUGCAAAUACUGGUACUCUCAGCCCACAGACAGUGUAACGUCGUCUCAAGGAAUCGUUGAGAACAACAACUUUGCUCACCUCCGACAACCAGCAAAGGGCAUCUGCCAUUAGUUGUAUGCAAAUACCGAAACGCGGCGUCUGACGAGGCUCAGUCUGUGUAGGUGCCGUAGCUGCAAUGAGGCAAAAGCGCCCGUUGCCAACUCGGAUGCUUGGUUUUGGUUAGCCAUCAAUCAAGCGACCGUGCAAGGAAGUGGUACACGUCGUCCAUAGUGGCCAAGCUUUUGCGGGACUUGUGGGCUUAUAGGGCUUAGGUGCGUCCAAUUCCGAGAAACGGAAGGUAUCGAGAGCGCACGCGGCACUGUGCAUCUUUGAGUACACUCUUCCUGGGAGUAGUGCUCCAGUAGAGCUCGCUCUGCACAUUGGAACAUCGAGAGGAAUAAUUUUCUUGGAGAAAAUCAUCAAGCGUUCUCACACAACAGCUCACGCAACACUGACAAGAUAGAGCCUGGUUGACAGAUCAUUCUUCCGGAGCCCCACUUUAUUUCACCAGUCUACUAGCUAGUCCAGUGUCCAGUUUUGACACUCCUCGUUCGCUUUGGCCAGGAACCUUAUUAUUUCCAUCUGUUUGCUUUCAUAAGUUGCCGAGACUUACACCUUUACAAGCCUUCAGUCACCUGCUACGCUAUUUUCACAAGAUACAACAACAACAAUGAUCGAAAUUGAAGCUCCCGCUGAAUACCUCUGUCCGCUCACACUGGAUGUCAUGUCCGACCCCGUAAUGAGCAAGUACGGUCAAUCCUUUGAACGUUCAGAGAUUCUGCAAUGGCUCAAGUCUGGCCAUGGCGUGUGUCCCUUGUCACGACGACCCUUGAGUCUUCAGGAUCUAGUAACCAACCAUGCGCUGCGGUUAAAGAUUUCGGAAUGGCGCAAGGAACACGGGGAAGAAGAGACCAUUGUAGUGAAUCCCUAUGCCAGUCAAAUCUAUGGCUUUAUCACACUUCCAUCCAAGGACGAUCCUACGGACCGCACCGUUGAUGAAGACGAAGAUGUGUUCUUUCUACAGCUUGCGGCGUGGCGGUUGGGUCUGGGAGAUCCUCCUUCGGCGGCGGCUCCAGACGCUAAUGAACCACAACAGACGACUGCUGUCACCGGCAUUCCACACAUUGGAAGACGCAACAGGCGGCAGCGACGAAGGAAUUCUACUGGUUCUGCAUCGAACAAUCCGCAUAGGCAGAAUCGUUCGAUUCGACGAAGACUCCGCAAUCUCUUUGCCGGACCUUCUCCUUAG